AAUGAGAGUCGUGAUGGUCAGUGCUGAGAGUGACCGGUUCGAGAACGGUUUAACAUUUGUUUUUUGUUUAGCUCUUAAUAGAAGAAAUGGCAACAAUGAAGUGGUUUAUGUGCAUCGUAAUUUUGGCUAUUGGUAUUAAUGCCAAACAGAACAGAGAAUUUCGUGAACGUGCUUCAAUAUAUUCUAGGCUCACCGAAUGUGACUAUUACAAAACUGACGAUUACAAUUACACACAUUUUGUUGAACUUAGCGCAGACAUUAAAGUUCCGGAAUCGAUUGAUAAUUGUACACGAGUUUCAGUAUACUUGAUUGGACCGCGAGAUGCUCACAUAAUUUUAUCAUCGACUAACAAACCAAACCGUGAUAAAGAUUUUGUUUACGAAUUUUUAUUCGGUGGCUAUGAUAAUAAACGUAUUAUAAUCCGAAAGCGCAUACAACGCUACACGUUAAAAGAGCUCAGUUUUUCAGAAGUUAUACCGGUGUUACGUCCAUUGAAAGUGAUGAUUGAAAUUUCAAACAAUGGUCAUAUCAAGGUUUACAUAGAAAAUAAACCAGAACCAGUAAUUGAAGCUUUCGAUCCAUUCGUUUUGCCAGUUAAAUACAUAAGUUUUGCGAGUUAUCAAGGCGCUUCAAACGAAUUUUUGUACAACUGCAUCUCAGAUAAAACCACCAUUGACACUAGUAACCAAAAACCAGUCGCAGUCACAACAACGUCUACUAAUUUGGCUUUAGUUUCGCUAGAUACUUUGGUUGAAAAAUGUCAAACGGAAGAAACCUGGGAAUUGGAAUAUAAUAAAUUCCAUGAAUUGAAGAGCUUCAAAAAUAGCCAAGCUGAAGGAUAUUUGUUCAAAUUGAAUUUCUUUGUUUACGGCGAAAAGGAAGUGAAUGUUUUGCUUUCGAACAGUGAAAAUCCAAACAUUGAAAAAGAAGCGGCCUAUAAAAUUGUAAUUGGCGGAUAUGGGGCACAGCAAGUUAUUCGCAAAACAGUUGAAGGUGAUGACCUAUUCGAAAAGAUUCAACUGAAGGAUUUAAUAUCGGAAGAAACACAAACCCGUGUUUUAAUUCAAAUGACCAAAGAUGGCCAAAUAGAGGUAUUCGUAGGCGAAUUUCAGUAUAAACCAGUUGUAAAAGCCCACGAUAAGCAUCCGGUCGAUGUUAAAUAUGUAAGCUUUGCGUCAAAUGAUGGUGCACGUGUGCUAUAUUUUUAUAAUUGUGAUGAUGAAAAGGCAUCCGCAUCACUUUCACCACCGCCUGCACCGCAUGCUUUGUUGAUCACCGACCCAAUUGAAAAUGAAGAUAUUUUGGCGAAGAAAUGUAAACAUACAUAUGCAUGGGAGGAUGUUUACACAACCGCAAUAAAAUUGGACUCAAUUAAAAAUAGCCUGGCUGAUGGAUUUCGUUUUCAGUUGUCAUUGUUUGUAAAAGGUGUUCGUGACGCUCAAAUUCUUCUCACAACUGGCAACAGUUUAGAUCCAAAGGAUGGAUAUGAAAUAGUUAUCGGUGGUUGGAGUGAUUCGAAACACUUGAUUCGGAAAAAUGGUGAUGUUGUGGCUAAAGUUAAUGAAUUUAAUGUAUUGAAUGAAUUAAAACCGAUUAAAGUAGUCGUGGAGUUAACCACAGAUGGUGUCAUGCGAGUCUGGACAGAAGCAAAUAAAUGGAAGCCAUUACUUGAAUUCAAAGAUACAAAACCGAUUGACGAUUUAUCCACAUUAAGUUUUAAGGCUUACUAUCGCGAUCUUGAUUUUUACUAUGGAUGCACCGCAUAGGCCGGUUUGAUUUAUUUUCCCGUAUGACUGCUGAAAAAACGAUUGUAAACAUUUUUUUUAUCAUAUUGAAAAACAUAAAAAAAUUUAAGAAAUAUAUUACACCUUCCAUUGGGUAUAGAUUGCCUGAAGAAGUUUUGAAUAUAUUUCGAACUUUCGAUAAAAAUAAACAAAUUUUAAUCGGUUUUAGUAAAACGCAAA